GGAGAUGUCGCUCUUUGCUAUAUAUCAAGCACACACACAAAUAUCAAACAUACACUCACACAAAGAUCUUAAUCUAAUUUUUCGGCUCCAUAUUAAUUUACAGCAUAUAGACCGAUCAGGUCUUGUUGUUGUUUCUGAUAUAAUAGUCAUUAAUUUGUCUUUAAAUUUUACUCGCCCUUUCUUAGUUUUCUGUUUCUCUCCCUGCUUGUGAAGAUGCCAGACAUGAAGAGUUUUCAGUUAUUGCCUGAUGACAAAGAUAUCGCAGCCAUGCAACAACCCGAGAGUCUCCUAGUUCCAUCAAAACCUGAGUCUCCAGAGCCAUCAUUAUCUCCACCUCAUCCAAAAAAUCAAUCUAAAAGAGAUCGAAACCACCAACAACGAGAUCAAGAACAAGAAAAACUCCAAGAUGAAUCUAGAAGCAAACGAAAAUGGGGAUGUAAUGAUGAAACUUCUCGUAUAGAUGAGAUAUUAGAGACGCCGAAGAAUAUGGACAUAAGGUGUUAUGGUCCUCCUCGGCCGCCGAGAAAGCCCAAAGCUACUCCGGCAAUGAAAGGGAGAGCCAUGUGGUUAAAGAGAUCGGUUGUUGUCUUGGAUGUAGCUAGAGAGGUCGAAUCCAUGUUUCCACCGUCGGUUCUUCAAGAUUUUGGUAAAAAGAUCAAGAAAGCUAGAUCUUGAUAUAGUUCUCUAUAUAUUUAUAUGUAAUAUGCAAUUCCACAGGGUUGUUUUUUCUUUUUAUUUUUUUCUUUUCGGUUUGCGAUACCUACAAGUUUA